UCCCCCCUCGAACUCAACCAUUGGUUGUGUUUCGUCUUCAGUAAAACAUCCUCGAUUUCAUUGGUUUAGAUUUGUCUGAUGUGCAUGUGUUUGGAUUUUGCCAUUUUUGUAGUCCCACGCACCGUCCAUCAUCAUUACACUGGGAGAUCUUGGCGCUGCUACAUCAUCUUUGAGACAACUGCGAAACGAAGGAAAUCCAGCCCAGUGAAGAAACGAGGAAAGAAGACGCCGAUAACUGGGCUCCUGAAACUGUAUUUCUCUAUCGCUAGGGCAUAUCAACUGCUUUAGAAAUGGUGAGGUGUUGAAGGACCCAUUACCUGAGGCUGUGAGGAGGAGGAGGAACCGUGGACAGAACCCCUCUAGGGUCGGCGAAAAGGCACUGCGGACCGGGCCAAACCCACUGACACCCCCUGGCCUCCCAUGGACAACGCACUCUGAGACAUCGCCCGUUGUGAAGAGAACGACAGGACAGAGGGAGGAGAGAGGAGGAGGAACGCAACGAUGUCGUCCAACAGGAACCAGAACCCUCACGGGCUGAAGCAGAUCGGGCUGGACCAGAUCUGGGACGACCUGAGGGCCGGCAUCCAGCAGGUGUACACACGGCAGAGCAUGGCCAAGUCCCGCUACAUGGAGCUCUACACCCAUGUGUAUAACUACUGCACCAGCGUGCAUCAGUCCAGCCAGGGCCGUGGCUCCGCCGCCCCCACCAAGCCCUCCAAGAAGAGCAGCACGCCGGGCGGGGCCCAGUUCGUCGGCCUGGAACUCUACAAGAGGCUCAAGGAGUUCCUGAAGAACUACCUGACCAGUCUACUCAUGGAUGGCGAAGACCUGAUGGACGAGUGUGUGUUGAAGUUCUACACCCAGCAGUGGGAGGACUACCGGUUCUCCAGCAAGGUGCUGAACGGGAUCUGCGCCUACCUGAACCGGCACUGGGUCAGACGGGAGUGUGACGAGGGGCGCAAGGGCAUCUACGAGAUCUACUCGUUGGCGUUGGUGACAUGGAGGGAGUGUCUGUUCAGGCCCCUGAACAAACAGGUAACGAACGCCGUGCUGAAACUGAUAGAGAAGGAGAGGAACGGAGAGACCAUCAACACCAGGCUCAUCAGUGGCGUGGUCCAGUCCUACGUUGAACUGGGGCUGAACGAGGAGGACGCCUUCGCGAAGGGCCCCACUCUGUCCGUGUACAAGGAGUACUUCGAGUGCCAGUUCCUUACGGACACCGAGCGCUUCUACACACGGGAGAGCACCGAGUUUCUCCAGCAGAACCCUGUUACUGAGUACAUGAAGAAGGCGGAGGCCCGUCUGUUAGAGGAGCAGAGGCGUGUUCAGGUGUACCUCCACGAGUCCACCCAGGACGAGCUGGCCAGGAGGUGCGAACAGGUGCUCAUAGAGAAACACCUGGAGAUCUUCCACACAGAGUUCCAGAACCUGCUGGAUGCGGACAAGAACGAAGAUCUGGGUCGUAUGUAUAACUUGGUGUCGCGUAUAACGGAUGGACUGGGAGAGCUGAAGAAACUUCUAGAAACUCACAUCCACAACCAGGGCCUGGCCGCCAUCGAGAAAUGUGGAGAGGCUGCUCUCAAUGACCCUAAGGUGUAUGUCCAGACCACUCUGAACGUCCAUAAGAAGUACAACGCUCUGGUCAUGUCCGCCUUCAACAACGACGCUGGCUUCGUGGCUGCGCUUGACAAGGCCUGUGGUCGUUUCAUCAACAACAACGCGGUCACUAAGAUGGCCCAGUCCUCCAGCAAGUCACCGGAGCUCCUGGCCAGGCACUGCGACUCCCUGCUGAAGAAGAGUUCUAAGAACCCAGAGGAGGCGGAGUUGGAGGACACACUCAACCAAGUGAUGGUGGUGUUUAAGUACAUCGAGGACAAGGAUGUGUUCCAGAAGUUCUACGCUAAGAUGUUGGCCAAACGCCUCGUCCACCAGAACAGUGCCAGCGACGACGCCGAGGCCAGCAUGAUCUCCAAACUCAAGCAAGCGUGCGGCUUUGAGUACACAUCCAAACUCCAGCGGAUGUUCCAGGAUAUCGGAGUGAGCAAAGACCUCAACGAGCAGUUCAAGAAACACCUGACCAACUCGGAACCCCUCGACUUGGACUUCAGCAUCCAGGUGUUGAGCUCAGGUUCCUGGCCAUUCCAGCAGUCGUGCACCUUUGCCCUGCCGUCCGAGCUGGAGCGCAGCUACCAGCGGUUCACGGCGUUCUACGGCAGCCGGCACAGUGGGCGGAAGCUCACCUGGCUCUACCACCUGUCCAAAGGAGAGCUGGUCACCAACUGCUUCAAGAACAGGUACACUCUUCAAGCCUCCACCUUCCAGAUGGCCAUCCUGCUACAGUACAAUGCAGAGGUCCUGUACACCGUUCAGCAGCUCACUGACAGCACUCAGAUCAAGACUGACAUUCUGGUUCAAGUGUUGCAGAUCUUGUUGAAGUCCAAAUUGCUGGUCCUGGAGGAUGAGAAUGCUAAUGUAGACGAGGUGGACUUCAAACCAGAAACCCUGAUCAAACUCUUCCUGGGAUACAAGAACAAGAAGCUGCGUGUGAACAUCAACGUUCCUAUGAAGACCGAGCAGAAACAAGAGCAGGAGACCACACACAAGAACAUAGAGGAGGACCGAAAACUCCUCAUACAGGCUGCCAUCGUGAGGAUAAUGAAAAUGAGGAAGGUUCUGAAACACCAGCAGCUUCUGGCUGAAGUCCUCAACCAGCUCUCCUCUCGCUUCAAACCCAGAGUCCCUGUCAUCAAGAAGUGUAUAGACAUCCUGAUAGAGAAGGAGUAUCUGGAGAGAGUCGACGGUGAGAAAGACACGUACAGCUACCUGGCUUAACACCCCCGCCACCCAUCCUCCCCUUUUCUGUUUUUUUUUUUUUUUUUAAAUGUAUGAUUUAAUAAACUGGCCCCUCUGAUGACUGGCAGCCUUGUGGAGAGGUGUUCCCUCAACAGGACACACGGACAUACUCCCGUUUUGAUAUGUAAAUAAGAACAGACCCCCCCCCCCCCCCCCCCCACACCAAACCUCACUCCAUGGCAAAGCGCAAAGCCCAACCAGUGAGCUGUGUCCACAGUUACUGCAUGCGAAUGCCUCCCUGCUAGCCUGUUCUGAGUGCGGGCGCCGUAGUGGCCCACUCUCCUACCACCAUCGUGCCAGACACGUCGGUUCGGCCCGGCGGCACCCCAACGUAUGAGUUGACUGAAGCGCACGCCGAACCAGUCGGCACGCCUCCCCCGCAGCCAGUCCCGGAGGAGUGGAGGAAACACUGGACCACACGAAUAUGACCGGUGUCUUGACGUGAAGAACGUGAGCGACGAGGCCGCCCCGGAAACAGCCCCGCAGUCAGAGAGUAGCCACGUUAAGCAUAGGAAUCCCCGGUAAUUUAUGAACUUGAGUCUGCACUUCUGGAGAGUGUUGGAACCAACGAACUGCAAACCCUGUCCCAAACUGAGCUCGAGCCCCUUUCUACAUGGGGUCUCGUGCGGAGAUCUACAGUAAAAAGGGGGGCUACGGUUUUCAUUUGGAAUUCGGCUGAAUCUCCCCACCCACGUAUCAUUACUGCAACGAGAAAACCAUUUGUAUAGUGUGGUUAAUUUUAUAAAUGUGUGCUAAAUAAAAAGUCAAGGUUUCUCUACA